AUGGACGAAGCACAAGAAAAAGCUAUGGAUUCAGUUGCUUGUUUCAAAAGAGGUGCAUUGCUAUCAAUUACUGGUCAGCAGUAUAAUGUAUGUUCAAAGAAUCUUAAAAGAAAUCUGCUCGUUUCAUCCAACCGUUAUGGUUAUGUAUUUUACGGUACCGAAACCGAUGGUCUCGCGAUAAUCCCAUCGGCCUACAUUGAUCAUCAAUCACGACGACAUGUUUUGCCAUCUGAUGAUGACGGAGGUGACAAUGUACACGUGGAGAACGCUUCAAUUAUUCAUCGAUCAUAUUUACCCGGUCAAACUGCCAAGCAAAAUACGUCAUUGAUACCAUAUUGGCUGUCAUUGAAUGCGGAUGAAACGAUCCUUGCGAUUAUUCUUUUUCAAACAGAUGCUCAAGCAUCACAUUUGAUUUUUUAUGAUGUUGCUCAAUACAUCCAAAAACCGGAUGCACCUCCGAUCUGUCCAGUUAUGCGUUUGACGAGCGAUAUAAUUGGCGAUAGUAUCCGUCAUUUUGCUUGGAAUCCAGUAAUUCCUAACAUAUUCGCGUAUAUCGAUGGACUUGGAUCAGUAUCAACAUUCGCAAUCGAUAAACAAAUGAAAACUCUAGGCAAAUCUAAUGCAGAUACGAACAACUCUUCAAUUUGCUGGAGUCCAAAAGGUAAACAAAUUGUCGUUGUUAAAUAUGAUGGUUCAUUAGAAUUCUUCGAUGAAAACAUGCAACCGAAAAAGAAAAACUCAUCAGUUGUCAGUAAUCAAUCCUUUCCUCCAUGUAUUAAUAUUCUUUGGGUCUCAACGCAUCAAUUUCUACUUGGUUUCUCAACAACAAACUCUAAUUCUGACCCGAACGCACUCUCUCAUGUCAUGGCUACUUACAGCAAAGACCAUCCACCUAAAGCACAAAUAUUUUAUGAUUUCUUCUUCGACGUGACGGAUAUGUCAACGAAUACAAACCUACAAUAUUACUACACUUCAAUGAAUCAAAACAAAAUCGUCAUGUGUGGUCUGUCCAAAUCGAUGAAGACUAAUGUAAUCGGAGCUGAUGAACUCAAUUCGGUACGUAUAACGUUUAUUGAUUUCUCUCUCUCUCUCCCUCAGCAAGAAAGAAGUGCGUUGAUAUGGUGUUUGAUAGAAUAA